AUGACUGAUUUGGCCGCGACUUAUCGCGAAAGCUCGCCCAUAACCGGCUACAUGGGCCAUAAGCCGGGAGAGAAGUUCUUGGUCGGACAAAGAUAUCAUAACGUACUAAAUGGAACGUUCGCGGAACGGUCGGCACCAUCUCCAAGGUAAACCAACGUGCCUUUCAUUUCUCUGCCAUUUUUAGUUGUUUUGUUUUAGGGGUUGAUUGUUUUAGGACCUUUUGUAGCUAUAAGGGUUGGUAUAUUAACCUUGGCUUUAUAUUUUUUGAUUUUAUAGUAAGUUUGUUACCUAAAGAAUAAUAUUAAUUACUUUUAGAACCCUUUUGGAGAACGCUGAGCCCACAGAAGCCUUAACUGGAGCAGCUUCAGUCAACUAUCAGUUCGAUUCCGACGGUAAUCCAGUUUUUACUGAAGGAGUAAGUGUUUACUUAAGCCUAAAAAUCUUCAAAUAAGCCUUAAAAUAAAUUUUGAAAACAUCAACUUUCAUACAAAAACUCUCAAAAUUAAAUUAAAAAACAUUUUAGCGCCAGUCCAGAAACAGUAGGAACAGCCGAGGCAGUCGGAGAAGUCAGAAGAGCCAGAGAAGUCAGAGGAAUGCAGAGACAUCACAGAGUCAGCUAAUGCAACAACAACAAUAUCUUCAGCCCGUCAAUGGGCUCAAAGCCUCAAUGGGUCCAGUCUUUCAGAUUCCAGUCCAGUUUGUGCCUGCUUUAGAUGCCUCCUCGGCUAGUUUACAGAUACCAGUACAUCCUAGUUUGCUUAAUGGUAAGAGGAGACUAAAAGACGUAGGUAAUGUCUAGGUGUACCUAUGACUAGGUAAUGUCUAGAUAUACAUAUGUCUAGUAAUGCCUCUCAUAUACCUAUGUAAUAACAGUCAACACUAUACAUAAUACUCGAGAUAGUAUGAUAGUUAAUAUAUAUAAUGUUAUAGUAUCCCAAAACCAACCCCCAUCACGUAGCCGCUCCGUUCACGAUGUAGCCGGCGGCACAGAACGCUUAAGUAUUCACGAUGAAGACAAUCGCACCGAAAGAAGAACGUCACGUUCACGACGUUCUGGGACGGCCGGCUCAAAAACGGCGAGGAGUAAGAGAGCACGUUCUGAACCCAAAACACAACGUGGUAGGUUCACAGUGUAAUCAAGCCAUUAACAAUAUACAAAAGCGCUAAACAGUCGAUAUCAUCCACAUAAAGCUUAUCAAAGUAUUAGGUUCAAAAAUAUGAAGUAUCUUAAAAGUUACUUUAGUAAUUGCCAUGCUUUCAUAAUAUGAACCUACUGAGUAAUAUUAACCUACUGAUAAGUACCAAGACAUUAUGGUAAUGUAUUAAAGUCCGUUUAGACACUCGUCGAGGAGCUGCUAGCCUAAACAUUCCGAAUGAUUAUGGGCCGCUGAAUGGAGCUGGCAGUGGAUGGUGGAGUGAAGGACAAGCGCUACGCAACAUACGACGACAUCGUGAACGAAACAACAUACCUAAUACUGGAGAAGCGGUUUGUACUUUUGUUCUUUAAAAUUAUUUUUACCAUUCAUAAAGUUAAAAAAGCAACCUUCAAGUACAAUAUAAUCCCAUUUAAAGCCCCGAGAAACUAUCGAACAAUCAGAAGUCAAUCAAGGUUACUACGGUAAUGGAACGCCUGCUCCCGGCUACACUGGCCAUAUGAUGGGUAAGAUAACACCAAAACCUAGUUUGGACCGUCAAUUCUUUUAUUCGGUUGUUCAAUUAAUUCUGUGUCCUUUCUCAAAGCAAAUUUUUAAAAUUAAGGGCACAGGAUUAUUUGAACAACAUAAUAUAAUAUUUUUAAGCCUAUGCUCACUUUCAAAGCUUAAUAUUAGGUCUAGAAGUAGAUAAUAAUCUGUAUUUCUCUGAUAUAAGAUAGUCAUAACUAUAGCCCACAUACUAUACCUUCCAUAUAUAACCUACUAUAAUAUGUAUAUUACUUUCAAAAAUAAAUUUCCAGACCUCCCCCACCUCGGAAUUGGCAAAAACUUUUCCGACACUGCCAAAGAUUCGCGGAAACUUCAGCAAAGUCUGCGCGACACAUUCACACAAUCCUUUGAGAUUCCGCGAACUCAACGUACUCAAAGGUCGAAUCGUUCGCAACGUUCUCAGCGUUCUAAUCGUUCUAAAACACCCAAAUCUCAACGUUAA